UACGCUUGAAAAGGCGAUAUUUGCAGAGGAAUGUGGAAAGUAAUAUUUGACACCGAAGAAAAAUAAAAAGACAAAAAUCCACAUGGCGAGGAAUACAUUAACAUACGAAGGAUGCAAUUAUAUGCGACAAAGAAUUAUUCUAGCAACAUUAAGUGGAAAAUCUGUUAAAAUAAAGAAAAUCCGUGCAAGAGACGAUGAUCCUGGUUUGAAAGAAUUUGAAGCUAGUUUCAUAAGAUUGGUGGAUAAAGUGACAAAUGGUUCAAAAGUUGUAAUAAGUGAAACAGGAACCAGUUUAUUAUACCAGCCUGGCAUAUUAAUUGGAGGGAAAAUAGAACAUGAUUGUAAUCCACAAAGAGGUAUUGGUUAUUUCCUGGAAGGUUUAAUAUGUUUGGCACCUUUUACAAAGACACCAUUGAGAGCUACACUUAGAGGUGUAACUAAUGACCAGACAGAUCCAUCAGUCGACCUGAUAAAACUGUCAACACUACCAGUAUUAAAGAGAUUCUUGGGUACAGAUGAAUUCCUGGAGUUGAAGAUAUUAAAAAGAGGAGCGGCCCCAGAGGGUGGUGGUGAAAUCUUUUUUACAUGUCCAUGUCGACAGAAACUACGUCCAUUGCAGUAUACAGACCCAGGGAAGAUUAAACGUAUCAGGGGUGUGGCAUGGUCUGUGAGAGUUUCACCAGUAACAAAUAACAGAAUAAUUGAGGCAGCCAGAAGUAUACUGAAUAAAUUUAUACCAGAUAUAUAUAUUUAUACAGAUCAUUACAAGGGAAGCCACUCUGGAAAAUCUCCAGGAUAUGGUUUAACAUUAGUAGCUGAGACAUUAAAUGGAACCUUUCUUACAGCAGAGGUAGUGUCUAAUCCUAAAGGGUCAGGACCUUCUGUUCCUGAAGAUGUUGGCAUAAAUGGAGCCAAAUUAUUACUGGAGGAAAUAUAUAGGGGUGGCUGUGUGGACUCCAACAACCAGGCUUUGACAGCUUUAUUUAUGGUACUAGGCCAGCAAGAUGUUUCUAAAGUUCAAAUAGGAGAAUUGUCACCAUACAUGAUUCAAUUUUUAAAGCACAUAAGAGACUUUUUCCAAGUGAUGUUCAAAAUAGAAACAGAGAAAAAAACAGAAGAAAAUGAAGAUUUACAACUUGGUGGAGAUAAACUAAUAUUGACUUGUGUUGGGGUGGGCUAUGCUAAUGUCAGUAAAGCUAUAUCUUGACCACUG